AGCCCUGUCAAACGUCACGAGUGGAGUCAUUAAAGUGAAUAUGCAAGUUAUAGUUUGAAACCAUUAACUAAUCGAUAUUACAAUGGAACUUUCCCAGUUGAUUACUUACAUUAAGACAGCAUUUUUUUGUAUUACAAGUGUUGUGAAAUUUUAUGUUUAAGUAUGACGAAUUAGUAUUAUUAUUUUAUUUCCACUCGUUGAAAGAAGACUCAAAAUAGCCCAAAAUUCACCAUAAAUUAUGCUUUUGUUUUUUUGCCCGGGGUGUCUCGCAUACUAAGUCUUCUCCUUUUAAGGGCAGAAGACAGAUGUCACCACUUGGUUUAAAAAGAUAAAGUAUUUUUCCCGACAUUGACACAGUUUCCUGUAGUUUUUGCACAUGAUUGACACACGAAUGAUGUCCAAACAGGAUAAAUUCUGCUCACUUCCUGCAGCUUGUCACUACUCUCCACCCAGCGUUAUUGUGAGAAAGCUGCUCAGUGAGAGAUAUCCAGAUGUGACAGGAGUUUAUGAAUGCAGUGACUGGAAUGUCUCUGAUAUGACUGCAAACAAGUCACGAAUGAGUGUUUAUAGGGAUGACUCACAUACACAUCACUGUGGUAUACUGAUGAAACUCACAACUGCUGACACAUUUCGAGAGCAGAGGAAGAUAGGAUUUAACAAAAAGUCUCAAUCCACCGCUUGGCUAGAAAACAAUGAUUUCCAUCUACAUGUUUUUGAGACGCUCUGUCUCCGUCUUUCUCUUCCUCUCUGUGUUCAAUCAGAGUAUGUGGACGUUAUGGGCGUGGACAUGAUGAGGAGGCCGGAUGAGAGCAACAAGAUACAGCACCACACCAUGUUGUUCAACUCUGACAAUCUCAUCGUCCGUCGAGGACAAGAGUUCCAGGUCAAGAUCGAGUUCAACCGUCCCUACAAACCCGCUACAGACAAGUUCGCUGUGGAGUUUGUCAUCGGCUCCAGCCCUCAGUACAGCAAGGGCACCUAUAUGCCUGUCUUCACCACCAAGGAGCGUCAAAGCUCCUGGGAAGGCCGCAUCACAGCCACCGCCGACAACACGGUCACCAUGGGCGUCACCCCCGCGGCAAACUGCAUUGUGGGGAAGUACCACAUGUACAUCGCUGUGAUGACGCCCUUCGGCAUCCGCAGGACCAGACGGGACAACAGCCGAGACCUCUACAUCCUCUUCAAUCCCUGGGCGUCGGAUGAUGCUGUGUUUCUGGAUGAUGAGACUGAGAGGCAGGAGUGUGUGAUGACUGAGAUGGGGAUCAUCUACCACGGCGCCAACGACGACGUCGCUGAGAGAAGCUGGAACUAUGGACAGUUUAACUUUGGAGUCCUGGAUGCCUGUCUGUACAUCAUGGACCGGGCUGACAUGCCCAUCCCCAACAGAGGAGACCCCAUCAGGGUGACCAGAAAGGCUUCUGCUAUGCUGAACUCUCGUGAUGACGAGGGCGUGCUGGUGGGGAACUGGAGCGGCGACUACACCUACGGAGUGGCGCCCACUUCCUGGACCGGCAGCACAGACAUCCUGCUCACCUACGCCAGCAGCAAGAUGCCCGUUUGCUACGCUCAGUGCUGGGUCUACGCCGCCGUCUUCAACACCUUCCUGCGCUGUCUGGGAAUCCCAUCGCGGGUCGUCACCAACUUCUUCUCCGCUCACGACAACGAUGGAAACCUGAGGACCGACAUCAUCCUGGAUGACAACGGCAGGAUUGACCGCAACCGCACCAAAGACUCUGUCUGGAACUAUCACUGCUGGAAUGAGUGCUACAUGUCCAGACCAGACCUCCCAACUGGCUUUGGAGGCUGGCAGAUUGUGGAUGCAACACCACAGGAGACCAGCGAUGGCAUGUACAGAUGUGGUCCUGCAUCAGUCCAGGCCAUAAAACAUGGGCAGAUAUGCUUCCCAUUUGAUGCUGCCUUUGUGUUUGCUGAGGUCAACAGCGAUGUGGUGUUUUACAGCCGGAGUAAAGACGGGGCCAUGGAGCCCGUCAAGGUGAACCGGACUCAUAUAGGCCGCAGGAUUUUGACCAAGACUCCAGGAGACAUGACCCGUCGAGACAUCACCGAACAAUACAAGUUUCCCGAAGGCAGCACAGAGGAGCGGACCAUCCUGGAGAAAGCGGAGGAGUACGGCUGUCAACGAGAGAAGUCCGACCUUCCUGUGGCUGACGUGGACCUGGUCCUGCCCACCCUGGAGGUCAGCGUGGGCGACAACUUCGAGCUGAGCCUGGAGUUCAUAAACAGCAGCGACCAGACCCGCACCGUGGACGCCUACAUCAGCGGCAGCGUGGUGUAUUACACCGGAGUCACCAGCUCCGAGUUCCUGUUCAGGAAUCCCACGGUGACGAUUGAACCCAACAAAAGUGUGAAGGAGUCGGUGACGGUCGACUCAAAGAAAUACAUGCAGAGUCUCGUGGAACAGGCCAACCUCCACUUCAUCGCCACUGGGAAGGUCAAGGAGACCGGCCAGAUCGUCACCGCCAUGAAAGUCGUCACCCUGCACAAUCCCAAACUCACCGUCACGGUGUCCGACGGCGGUAAAGUGAAUGAAGAGAUGACGGCGACUGUGGAGUUUACGAACCCCUUCACCUUCAGCCUGGAGGGCGUCUACAUUCGUAUGGAGGGACCUGGGAUCAUGCUGCCCAUGUCCAAGUAUUACAGCCUGAUCACAGGAGGCUCCUCUCUGACCUGGAGCGAGUUUUUCAUCCCGCAGAGGGCCGGCAGCAGCAGGCUGAUCGCUUCUCUGGACUGUCCUGCUCUCAGGCAGGUCUACGGCACGGCGUCCGUCACCAUCGAGCCCUGAAGGAUCACUGACGCCAGACAACAUUCAACUCACUUAAAAGAUAUAAACCUAUAACAUAGUUACGUAACGGUAGGUUUACAACAGCUUAACAGGUGUUGCUUCAGCAUUUAUGAUAAGAAUAGGAAGAAGUUUUAGUCAUAAGAAAAAAGAUCUUUGAUCUACAAAAUACAGAUUUUGUUUUUUUAAAGUGCAAGCAUGAUGAAUAUUUUGGCAGUUAAAGGAACAGUGUGUAGCAUUUAGGGGGCUCUGUUGGCAUAUUGUCUUUUGUGUAUAAUCACAAGAGAAGUUCCAGUUGCUAGAUGAGGCCAAAUACUGCAAACAAUUGAUCCAAAAGCUUAAUUGAUAUUCUCUUUAUUUGUGGUGGAAAAACGUACAUUGAUGAUUACUACUUCCUUUCUUUUUAGUUUAUUAAUUUUAACUCAAAAAUACACCAGUACACUGUGAGUACAGCUGUGUUUGACAUCACUCCCUCAUUUAAUCAUUCAAUACUCCUGAUAAGGGCAAUAAAGACCUUCCAUAUUUUACUCUAGUGAAGUGGUAAACAGAGAUUUCUGACAAUAAUAAAUGAUCCAUCUUCCAUUGAUUAAAGUUUCUGCUCUUUCCACCUUUUUAAUAUCAAGCUAGAAAUUCUGUUUCUUCCCAUUUUUCUUUGUACAAGAACAUGUGCAAAUAUCAACCAAAUAAAAGAUUGAUAACUGCA